ACCCGAUUCCCUUAGUUUUGACGCCAAGAAAAGUAGAAAUCCAUGAAUCGAUUCGAUCACUCUGUCUCAUUUUGGUUCCCCUCCCUCUUCAAUCGUUUCUUUUACACAACCAACAUAUUACUACCCCUCUCCUCCCCUUCUCCGUAUCUUAUAUAUCACUGGGCUUUGGAUAGAGAUCAAAAAAUAGCUCGUGUCCAUAGCUCUGGAACCAGGGGAGGUAAAAAAGAGCUGUGAAAUGGAUUCAAACAGCAUAGGAUUGUUGGAAGUGUAUCCUCAAGUAAAGGUGAGAGCUGAAGAAGCCCCACUUCCUGUUGGAUUAUUUGAAGAGCCAACAUCAAUUAUACCAAGAGCCAUUGAAUCUCUUUCUUUAGAAGGUCAUUCAUCCUCAAGAACUCAAGCAAAAUGUGGAACGAAUUCUGAGAAUAACCCUCCUUUAAGAUAUGAAAAGUCUCUCCUGAAGAGUUUCCCCCAGUCUUUUAACUCAACAUUUAUAGUGAUUGCUUCCAGACCAGUUGGCGAAAAUACGGGAACCAAUGCCAAAGUUAGUUUUAUAUCGCGGCCUCGAGCUGUGCUGUCAAGUCCAGAUAACGAUGAUUUAAUUGGAAACCAGAAUCGAAAACAUGAAGGAAAGAGUCCGCAUUCAAAGAAACAGAGCACCAACCAACACUUGCGAAACCAAGAGAAGCUCAAUCACAAGAAUACUAGAGUUCAAAAGCCUCCCAGCAGAGCAAAUCCCAUAGCCAAGGGCGGUAACGGCAUCAAGAAGAAGGAUAACUUGUUGACAAAAUAACUUUGCUAAAGAGAGAGAGAUUCUGAAAGAGGAUAAGAAAACUUGAUUGGUGUGCAGCACGAAUUUGAUAUUCCGUGAACUCACCUGCUUCUUUCUAAGGUUGUGUUCUUUUGUAUAGAGCUUUUGGGCUUUUUGUUUACUUCUCUUGAAUCUGCAUUUGAGGAAGUUCAAGACAUUUGUUGUUUAACCACUUUUUCCUUGUGUGGUUAUCAACUUACUAUUGUGGCAAUAAGGCAUUUACUUUUGUGAAUUAUAUUAUCCAAGUAAUGUGGUGCUCUGCAUGUGCACUUCUGCUUCAGUCUGCACACAAGGUUCUUUUAAUUAUGCUAAAUAUUCCCAGAA